AUUGAGAAACACUGGAAUAGCUAAUUAAUGACAGUGGAUGUUAGACAAUAUUUAAUUUUAAUAUCUGAUUUUGUUACAAAUGCAGUUAACGUUUAAAUAAAACGAUAUAUGUUUUCUGUUGUACUUAAAACAAUUACAAUCUUCUAGAGCAAUUUUCAUUUAGUGUUAAACUAAAAACCCAAUCAUGGAUCAGAUGUUACCAAGUCCAGGAUUUAGUAUUCCAAGUAUUGGAACGCCGCUGCAUCAGCCUGAGGAGGACCAACAAAUUCUCCCGAAUGCUAUGCAGCAGCAACAACAACAAGUACCACCUUUAACACCAGUUAACAGUAUGAGCAAUAGUUUUGGAUUAGGUAUGCCACAUUUGGGCACUCCAAAACAUACUUACGCACCAGUUCCAUCAUUUUCAACGCCACAAAGUAUGAUGCAUCCACAAACACCGCAAAAUAUGAUGUCACCAAUGGUGACAUCUGGAAAUAUUGGUCCUACAUCAAAUAGCGGAAAUUUAGGUAAUCCUCCGAGUAUAGGACCGGCAACACCUGGGCCGAUGACACCAAUGACACCACAUUCAGCAGAUCCGGGCAUUGUACCACAAUUACAGAAUAUCGUAUCAACUGUAAACUUAAAUUGUAAAUUAGAUCUAAAAAAAAUAGCAUUACAUGCACGUAACGCCGAAUACAAUCCAAAACGUUUUGCAGCUGUGAUAAUGCGUAUUCGUGAACCGCGUACAACAGCAUUAAUAUUUUCAUCCGGUAAAAUGGUAUGCACUGGAGCAAAAAGUGAAGAUGAUUCACGAUUAGCUGCACGGAAAUAUGCGCGUAUUAUACAAAAAUUAGGUUUUCCAGCAAAAUUUUUAGACUUUAAAAUACAAAACAUGGUGGGCAGCUGUGACGUUAAAUUUCCAAUACGUUUAGAAGGUUUAGUAUUAACACAUAAUUCUUUCAGUUCAUACGAACCAGAAUUAUUUCCCGGUUUAAUUUAUCGUAUGGUGAAACCACGUAUUGUAUUAUUAAUUUUUGUAUCUGGUAAAGUGGUUUUGACAGGUGCUAAAAUACGAGAAGAAAUUUAUGAGGCUUUUCAAAAUAUUUAUCCAAUUUUAAAAAGUUUUAAGAAAAGUUGAGUAAUGAUGACGUGUGUCAUUGUAUUUAAUUUUAACUUCAGUGAAGUUACAGCGUUUAAUUUGUAAAUGAAGGACUUAUAAUUUAUGUAACGGACAAAAACUUAACGAAAAACUUUAUUCUUUAAAAUGGGAACGGGCAACAUUUUGUUUACCAUGGGCCAAAAUAAAUUUUAAGUUAAAUAAUUUCUUAUUAAAAGUCCCCCUCAAAAUUAUAGGAAAAACGCGUCAGGUCAGAGGAGUUUUAUGAGGUCCAAUAAUGCUUGGUUUUCGAGUUAGCAAUGGUUCAAGUUAUAAAAUCGACAAUAAAUUAAAUGUAAUAAAGUAUUAUUUCUUAUUUUUUAAAAACUGGGUUUAUACAAUAAUAAUGAUAAUAAUACAAGGGUAACGCAAAUGGGUUCCUUACACAAAGACCAAGGCGUCCUCUGUGCCCUGCUUUAGAACAGCCUACCACCCAAAGACGAGACGACUCCAGAUAAGAGGUGAGAUUUUAAGCAAAUGAAGUUAUAGAAUUAUACACAGAUCGCCUACAGCUUCUCCGCCGGGAUUACUCCAAGGUUUAUUGAAUCCAAAGUUUCCCAAACUCUAUACCUGAAUUCUGUAAGUUUCUGUAUAUGCAAAUAACAUGCAUGAAGGUUUCAUCGUCCUCCACAUAGGCCCUAAAAUUGGGAUCAAAACAGAUCCCCAUGUUAUGAAGGUGGUAGUUCAAGUGUCCUGUCAAGUGUCUCACCACCCUUAUCAACUAGCUUAUUGUGACUUUUAGUCUAGCACAGUCGAAUGGCUUGUAUGUUUUGCGUUAAGUCCCAGUAACUAAGAUUGGCUUGUCGUAGCCACUCCUUGCUUUGGUAAAUGCUUGUACAAAAAAAAAAAUAACAAAAAAACAAAAUGCGCAUUAUAAAAGAAAGCACGCAUAUUCUGUUAAUUUAACAUUCCUUAUAUAUUUUUACUGUAGUUUGAAAGAGAUAGAUAAUGAACGAGGGUGCAAAAUUGUCUGAAAGAGCAGACGCUAUUUUAUAAUAUGCAUUUAAUAUUUUAUGACUAGUUGUAAUAGGGAUAAGUCUAGCAUGCACACUCUUUCUUGCUACUUUCUUUACUUACGUUCUUUCUAACUUGCUUACUUUCUCACUCGCUAGUGCUCUCUUACGGGAUAUCACUAACUCAUUUUUACUGGUGGUUAAUU